AUGCCUACCGCCUUGCUACUCCCUAAGGUUCGGGACCUCGAUCUAAGUAACGUCGAAACUACCCCUCACGUCGAACCACGUAUUGCUUCUCUGUUACCACCUACAACACUCGAAGACGUCCAUCCUCAAGCCCAGUCCCCGGGAACCUACCCUCCCGGGCAUAUACCUUCUCGGGAGCUUACAACCUCGAGACCCACUUCCAUCCACAACCUAUUCGAAUCCUAUAUUGACGUUCUAGCAAGUACAACUCCUACUACGCAAUAUCACAAGGUUCCGUACUUCUACCUAACCUCGUUACGCCUUAGGGACCUCCCUGGACCUCCUAGGAACCCCCUCAAGGGUCACCCCUCUUCGCCCCAGCCACUACUAGCUCCCUUCGAGCUCCAGCCUGCUCCUAGCACGCUACAACAUAAACCUUCCUAUACCAAAUCCUACCUCAAGGCCUAUUCUGACCCAGGUCUUACAGGCGCUGGACAGUUCCGCCUAGUCUUCACUGCCCUCCGGAAAGACCAACUACACCCACUUCCUGUUCCCAGAAUACCAUCUCAGCUCAGCCUCCACCAAGAGGCGAGUGAGAUUCAGAUCGCGGGUACUUAUGUUGCCACGAGAAAGGCCCAAGGCCUAGAACUUUAUGAUGACACCAGCCAUUCUCAUUGGCUUUUUGUGGCACAAACUCUGCCAAUUUCAUUCAGUCAUUGA